UUUGUGAUCAAUUGGUUUAUUGCCCUCUAUGUCGCAGCGUCGGCGUGUUACGGGUACGACGAGCAGAGCGAAUUCCUAGCAGCAGCAAGUCAGGACGUGCUGUGGCAAGGCGGCAGCGCUUGCGGGAAGCGGUACAAGGUGACAUGCUUGAGCGGGACGAAUCUCGGCGUUGCGGUUCCGUGCAAGGCAGGCCGGAGCGUGACGGUGACGAUCGUCGACCUGUGCCCUACCGGCUGCCGAGGCACCAUCGACUUGUCGGCGGCGUCUUUCGCCGAAAUUGCCGAUCCCGACGAAGGCGGAAUUAACAUCUCCUAUGAAGAGUAG